AACAGUAAAACAAAACGAAUAUCAUCUCCAGUAUAUAAGUUUGGAUUACAAAUGGUGUUAAUGCAGUAAACAAAUUGCUUACCUACAAGUACAUCUCUGACAUAUAUAUAUAUCAACAAUCAGCAUAUAUACAUUAUAUUCAUUAAACUAGAAACUACACACUUAUUUCAACAUGAAUGAAACCCAUUUGUCUGAUCCUGUUAUGUUUUCAAGAUUAGUUGUUUUUAGUAUCAUACCUUUCUUCCUAAUUGUGGGACUCAUAGGUAACAUGUUUGUGGUAUAUAUUUAUGCACGCCAAUCCCAGAAAAGCAAUGUAGAAACAUUCAUCCUUGUACUAGCUGUCAUUGAUCUCAUUGGAUGUAUCCUUGGAAUGCCUCUUGAAAUGACUGAACUUUACCCAGCAAUUCAGUUAAAUUAUUUGUGCAAAUUGUACAGGUUUAUUGUCUUCAUCUGUUCUUUCAUGUCAUCCUUGAUUGUGAUUUCUAUUGCCAUUGAAAGGUUCAGAAAAAUAUGUUGCCCACAUGACAAACAAAUCACUCCCAAACGACGUAAUACUCUUAUUAUUUUCAAAACUAUAAUAUCAGUUGCAUUAAUAAUACCUUUGGUUUUUUACACUGAAGGUGUUCCCUUUACCCAUGAAAACAAGAUAUAUAUGACAUGUGAUACUAACUUUAGAGGGACCUUUGUCUGGCUAUUUUCUGUUGGAGUAUUAUUUCUUCACAUUAUACUUUUCUUCACCAUGACUGUACUUUCUUUGUUUGUUCAGAAGAGUAUUACUCAGCAUUUGAAGAAAAAGCAAAGUGAAGAAGAAGCUUGCAAACAAGAACAAAUCAAUCACAUUUACAUUGUACUUAUCUCAAUCUCCAUUUUGUAUUUUGUCAGUUUUUUACCAACACGUGUCUUCUUCGUCAUAUAUCCAUACUGCAAAGAUUCCAACUUGUUGCAGAUUUUUAAAGUAAUUUCAUAUCGUAGUUGGAUACUAAAUUCAUCAUUAAACCCUGUGAUGUAUGGAUUUUGUAAGAAAACAUUCCGCAAAAGCAUUGUAAAUAUAUUUACUCGGGAUUAAAUUGUCUUUGAAACAGAGGAGAAAUUUUAGGAUUUGGU